GCUAUCCUAGAAGAGAAAAUUGACCAAUUACAACAGGAAAAAGCAGCACACUUACAAAAAGAGGAUGAAUUUGAGGAGAAAAUUAGUCAGUUAGUUGAUGAAACAGCCACUCUGAGUUUGAAACGGGUGAGCUUAGAAGAAAAAGUUAAACAGAUGGACAAAGAUAGAGAUUACUGGGUCCAAAAGGAGAACUCAACCAAAGAGACAAUUGCCAUCUUGGAUGGUGAGAAGACAAAACUACAGGCACAGGUGAGGGAGUUGGAAGAAUCCAGGAACAGCCUUUUACAAGAUAACCAGCAGCUGAUAGAAACCAUAUCUGGUCUGCAUUCAAAGAUUCAAAGCCUUGAGAGUACUGCUUCUCUUCAUUCCUCAAUUAAGAACACAAUGGUUUGUUUCCCAUAUUCUCUCUUCCAGUUCCACUGCACUUGA